UCGCACAGAGAUACACAACACUCAGACGGCCUGAAGAAAUACAGUGUUGGGCCACUCAGUUUUCACACUGUGUAGCAUUAUAAUGACUUUGACUCUGAAAUCAAGUAAUAAUCCUUGGAGCCUAAAUGAACAUUUGUGGUUAUAUUCGAACACCUUUCUGGACUUUCUGUGACUGGGAUUAUCAUCAUCAUGGUUGGAAAGACGCCGGUAGAAGCUGGUUCCACAGCUGUAAAGUUUUUCGGGGCUGGAACGGCAGCCUGCAUUGCUGACUUGGUCACUUUUCCCUUGGACACGGCCAAAGUGAGACUGCAGAUCCAAGGAGAGUCCAAGUCCAAUGAUGGGAUAAAGGUGCAGAAGUACAGGGGUGUGUUUGGCACCAUCAGUACCAUGGUGAAGACUGAGGGCCCUAGGAGCCUGUACAGUGGUCUGGCAGCGGGGCUACAGAGGCAGAUGAGCUUCGCCUCCAUACGCAUCGGCCUCUACGACUCCAUGAAGCAGUUCUACACUCGAGGCUCUGACAAUACCAGCAUCUCUUGCCGUCUGAUGGCGGGAUGCACGACUGGUGCCAUGGCCGUGGCACUGGCCCAGCCCACAGACGUGGUCAAAGUGCGCUUUCAGGCCCAGGUCCGAGAGGCAGACGGUGUCAAGCGUUACAGUGGCACCAUCGAUGCCUAUAAAACCAUAGCCAGAGACGAGGGAGUCAAAGGCCUCUGGAAAGGUUGUUUUCCCAACAUCACCCGUAACGCCAUAGUGAACUGCUCAGAGUUGGUGACCUAUGACCUCAUCAAGGAACUCAUUCUGAAGUAUGACUUGUUGUCUGACGACCUGCCUUGCCACUUCUCGGCUGCCUUCAUGGCUGGCUUCUGCACCACGGUGGUGGCCUCCCCGGUGGACGUGGUGAAGACCCGCUUCAUGAACUCCAGCGCUGGGCAGUACCGCGGCGCGGCCGCCUGUGCCAUCGCCAUGCUCCAGCAAGAGGGGCUCUCGGCCUUCUACAAGGGGUUUGUGCCGUCUUUCCUGCGCCUGGGUUCGUGGAAUAUCGUGAUGUUCGUCUCCUACGAGCAAAUCAAGAGGAUUUUGACGAGGACCUAGUAGAGUUUUGGCCACCCUCCUGAGAUGUGUGGCUUUCCUCAACCAGAUGGCAAAAUGUUUGACAGAUCAGUGUGGCCUGAACAGUGUCUGAGUCAGGUGUUCUGGUGACCAGCACAAUGCUAUUGUGCCCAAUUCAGUGUUGUCACUAUCCCAACAACUUGGACUUUAUCUUCAUUCCUUAUUGGUGUGGUCACCGUAGAAAAACACAUUCCAUACAGUGCACAGGGUUGCACAAAUAUUAUUUUACUAAUUAGACAAAGAUUUAUUUUACUAUGUUAUUUUAGUCAUUUGUUUGCAGCUGUUUUGCAAAUGACAGAAGCCAAAGGGGAGGCUCAAUAGCAUUGUAAGCAACAUGACUUGUGUGUGAAUUAGGCCCACACAACAUUAAAAAUGUAUGCGAUUUCUCCUUUCAGUAGCUGUGUUUAAAUGUAAUAGAUGACCUUGUAGGUUGCAGCAUGCAGCAAUUAUUUAUUGAGAAAUUGAUGACACCGUAUAUCACCUUAUUGUGGUACAUGUCUACAAGUCCUCUAUAGUGGGGGUAAGCCAGGAAGCAGAAGCCUAUUGAUUCUUUCUUCAUAAUGAUGCCCAUUCAGGUGACACCCCAUACAUCCUCUGUGCCUGAGGCUGUGUCUGUCCUUGUGGGUGGUGAUAUGGAUACUCCUUAAUCCACUGUAGCAUUAGCAACACUGUACAAGACAACACAAUAUAUACAGUAGCUAGAUACCAUUCCAAUUGACAUACUCUUUGUAAACGCACUUUAAACAUUUUGUUUUGCAUGCACUGUAUACGUUGUCAAUGUAGUCUGUAAUCUCAGUUCUUUGAAGUUGCCAUUUUGGAUGGGAGCAGGAAUUGUAUCGAAACCAGAAAAAGAAAAAAACAUUUGAUUAAAAAAAAAGUCUUUAUUUAUCAUUAUGCCUCUGUACGUUUUUGUGGAAAAUCCACUGCAAAGCAUUGCCUACUGUGUGACUUCGUUCUGUGCCAACCCAAGUGCUGUCUUGUGUGUGCAUUCUUGCCCGCCACACAUCAGCAGGGAUCUAAUGAAGGGGCACAGGGAGUUUCUAAGCUGCCGGCUGACAGAUGGGAAAAUUGCCCAAUCCCAGAUGCCUCAGAACAAUGGGCCGUGCUGACACGGGUGUAAUCGAAGUCUUGGCUGCAGCCACGCAAA